AUGUUACCAGCGUUCGCUCCAACCGCCUUUGAUCCACAACCGUUCGCCUACAAUCCUUAUGGAUAUCCCGCCCCAUUCCCAAUGGCAUACGGUGCUCAUACGGCUGUACCGAACAUGGUCCAGCCGUGUACAGUCAGUCCUUUCUAUCCGGAAGCAACCUACUCGAAGUCAUCGACACCAGCUUGCAGCAAAUCCGAGUCCGAUAUUUCCUCGGAUGAGUUUCAUAAAAAAAGACGUGAGAAACGUGAUCGAAACAACGAAGCGGCAAGAAAUUCUCGCCUGAGGCGAAAAGAUCGUGAAGGCCGAGUGGUUAGGGAAGCUGAAUUGCUUCAAAAAGAGAAUCAAAUCCUCAAAGAUGAAGUUGGAGAGCUAAAAAAAGUCUUCUAUAGUCUACAAGAGGAGUUGACCAAUAGACGAAAUACGGACGUAGGGAACACGGAAAAUGUUAUGAUCUAUCAGAAUAUCGAUUAUUCGUACAAUACUCAAGUCCUGUGA